AUGGAGUGCACAUACACACCAUCACCACCUGCCCCCUCCCCUCCUCUGCUUUAUACUGUGACUCCCAGGGCCUCCUCUCCUCUGCUUUAUACUGUGACUCCCAGGGCCUCCUCUCCUCUGCUUUAUACUGUGACUCCCAGGGCCUCCUCUCCUCUGCUUUAUACUGUGACUCUCAGGGCCUCCUCUCCUCUUCUGUAUACUGUGACUCCCAGGGCCUCCUCUCCUCUGCUUUAUACUGUGACUCCCAGGGCCUCCUCUCCUCUUCUGUAUACUGUGACUCCCAGGGCCUCCUCUCCUCUGCUUUAUACUGUGACUCCCAGGGCCUCCUCUCCUCUGCUUUAUACUGUGACUCCCAGAGCCUCCUCUCCUCUUCUGUAUACUGUGACUCCCAGGGCCUCCUCUCCUCUUCUUUAUACUGUGACUCCCAGGGCCUCCUCUCCUCUUCUUUAUACUGUGACUCCCAGGGCCUCCUCUCCUCUGCUUUAUACUGUGACUCUCAGGGCCUCCUCUCCUCUUCUUUAUACUGUGACUCUCAGGGCCUCCUCUCCUCUGCUUUAUACUGUGACUCCCAGGGCCUCCUCUCCUCUUCUUUAUACUGUGACUCUCAGGGCCUCCUCUCCUGUUCUGUAUACUGUGACUUUAUACUGUGACUCCCAGGGCCUCCUCUCCUCUUCUUUAUACUGUGACUCUCAGGGCCUCCUCUCCUGUUCUGUAUACUGUGACUUUAUACUGUGACUCCCAGGGCCUCCUCUCCUCUUCUGUAUACUGUGACUCCCAGGGCCUCCUCUCCUGUUCUUUAUACUGUGACUCCCAGGGCCUCCUCUCCUGUUCUUUAUACUGUGACUCCCAGGGCCUCCUCUCCUCUGCUUUAUACUGUGACUCCCAGAGCCUCCUCUCCUGUUCUUUAUACUGUGACUCUCAGGGCCUCCUCUCCUGUUCUUUAUAC